CUCUCUCCAUUAAUUGAAACAACCCAAGUUGCCUUUCAAAUUUUGUGUGUUUCUCCAAGUGAACCCUCCAAAACAAAAGAAAAAAAAACAAAACCCAUUUCAUAUUCAAUCCCACUUCCAUUAAAAAGACAAGAUUCUGGCCGCACACGGUGGAGAUCGCAGCUACGGCCGCCAUGACAAGCAAUGGGAUGGCGUUUUUUCCAGCAAAUUUCAUGCUACAAACUUCCCAUGAAGAUCAUGAUCAUCAUCACCACUCUUCUCCUCCAUCUCUCAACCCAAUUCUUCCUUCUUGCACAUCCCAAGAUUUUCAUGGAGUUGCAUCAUUUCUAGGAAAACGAUCCAUGUCGUUUUCAGGGGCGGAAAUGGUGGAAGAAGGAAAUAACGGUGAGGAUGAAUUUUCUGAUGAUGGGUCACAGGCAGGUGAGAAAAAGAGGAGACUCAACAUGGAGCAAGUGAAAACACUAGAGAAAAAUUUCGAACUGGGAAAUAAGCUUGAGCCUGAGAGAAAAAUGCAGCUGGCUAGAGCCCUUGGUCUACAGCCAAGACAGAUUGCUAUUUGGUUUCAAAACAGGAGGGCUCGGUGGAAGACUAAGCAGCUAGAGAAAGACUACGAUCUUCUCAAGAGACAAUUUGAAGCUAUCAAAUCAGAUAACGAAGCCCUCAAAUCCCAGAACCAAAAGCUUCAAGCAGAGAUAAUGGGACUAAAAAGUAGAGAGCCAACAGAAUCAAUCAACCUGAACAAAGAAACAGAGGGGUCUUGCAGUAACAGAAGUGAAAACAGCUCUGAUAAUAUUAAAUUGGACAUCUCAAGAACACCUGCCAUCGACAGCCCUCAUCAGCAUCAGCACCCAACAAACAGGCCUCUUUUUCCCACGUCUUCCUUGAGGCCUCCAGCUUUGGCUCAGCUCUUUCAAACCUCCUCAAGAUCAUCAGACCCACCAAAGCAACUUGAUAACAACAACCACCACCACCACCACCACCAUCAUCAUCAAAUGCCCAAAGAAGAAAACACCAGCUUGUCCAAUAUGUUCUGUGGAAUGGAUGAUCACUCUGGCUUCUGGCCUUGGUUGGAGCAGCAACAUUUCAACUGAUCAUCAUCAUCAUCAUCUCAUCAUCUCAUCAUCUCAUCAUCAUCUCUCAUCUCCUCCCCAUAAUAUCAAAAAAAGAAAAAAAAAAAAGAAAAAAAAAAGAAAUAUUAAUAAUGUCAUAAUAUUAAUAUGCUUAAUUUAAUUGGAUUUUUCUCAGAGAAAUAUCAAGUUGCUGUCCUGCUUUUUCCUCUCUCUCUAUCUUUCAUUUAUCUUCUUCUUUCAGAUCUCAACUUGAAGGGUUGUGUUUUUUGGUGUUAAA